GAGAGUUGGCGCCAGUGAGGGAGGGUGUACGCGCGUGGAUUACCCUUGAAGUGAAUUUUCUGUCAUGGGCUGGUAGUGAGACCUCUGCCACCAUGGGUCUGAUGCCUCUGGAGUUUAAGGACUGUCUCAAUGACAGUCCUUAUUUCCGCCAGAAGCUCCAAAUGCACGAACAGGAGCUGGAUCAUACUAACUCCUCCAUCAAGGCGCUCAUCAAGGAGGUUAAGGAUUUGUACCAGGCUGCCAGAAACUUGUCCCGCGCGAAGAGGAACAUGAGCAACAGACUGAACCACUUCCGCUUCGACUGCAUCGGUAACACUCUGACGGACGACGAAAUAGUGAUCAGCGGCUCUUUGCGGGAGUUCGCCAAGAUCAUCGAUAUGGUGGAGGACGAGAGGGAGAGGAUGCUCGAGCGCUCCAUCCUGAUCCACUCAUCCACCACUCUAUCCUCCCCCCAGCUCGAGCGCUCCUACGACCAGAUCAUCCGCCCUCUGGAGACAUUCCGCAAGCUCUCCAUCGGGGGCGCCAAGGAGGGCCGCAAGAAGUUCGAGAAGCAGACUCAGAAGUUUUGCCAGUCCCAGGAACGCUACCUCAACCUCUCCACCAAGAAGGACGACCAGGUGCUGCAGGAGGCCGAUGCGUGCGUGGAGAUGGAACAGCGCCACUUCGUCCACGCCUCCCUCGACUACGUGUUCCUUCUGCAAGAGGUCCAGGAGCGGAAGAAGUUUGAGUUUGUGGAGACACUGAUGUGUUAUAUGUACAGUUGGCUGACGUUCUAUCACGAGGGCCACGAGGUGUUCAAUGACUGCAAGCCCUACAUGCAGGAUCUUCAAGUCAGACUCCAGCGGACUCGGGAUUCCUUUGAGUCAACGCGCGCAGAGUCGGUGCAGCUCAAGAACAAGAUGCUGGAGGUGCGUAAGACGAAGGCGGUGGACCCCGGCAACAUGGACAAGAUGUACACCAGACAAGGCUACCUCUUCCUCAUGGAGAAGAAGGCUUUCGGCACCACAUGGACCAAGCACUAUUGCCAGUACCAGAAGGAGAACCGAAUCUUCACCAUGAUACCCUACAACCAGACCCAGUGCAAGAUUACCUCAACAGAAACCAUCGUGCUACGGUCGUGCAUUCGACGGAUGUCCGACAGCAUAGACAAGCGGUUCUGCUUCGACUUGACGGCGCAGGAUAAGCCGGGAGUCGUCUUCACCCUCCAGGCGCUCUCAGAGGAGGACCGCAAACUCUGGAUGGACGCCAUGGAUGGGAAGGAACCGAUGUAUGCACACCCCUCGGCCUCCGGUCCUCCUGUGGCGCACGAGGAGACGAGUCUUGACGAGCCCGGCCAGAACUUCAUCCUCAAAGCAAUAGCCAUGUUGGAGGGCAGAGGAUUGGAGGACCAGGGUCUUUAUCGGCUGGUGGGAGUGUCCAGCAAGGUGACCAAGAUGCUUCAGCUCGGGCUCGACCGACGGAAAUGUGAGAAGCUGCUGAUGGACGACCCUUCGGAGUGGGAGGUCAAAACUAUCACCUCGGCCAUCAAGCAGUACUUCCGCAACCUCCCCGACCCCCUCAUGACCUACAAGCUGCACAGUGCCUUCAUUCAAGCUGCCAAGCAAGAAAAGCUGUUCCGCCGAGUCCACGACAUCCACCGACUGGUCCACAUGCUGCCAUCCACCAACUUCCACAUCCUCAAGAUCCUCAUACUCCAUCUAGUGAAUGUUGCCAGGAAGAGCGACAAGAACCUCAUGACCAUAAGCAACCUUGGGGUGUGCUUCGGGCCCACGCUGCUGCGGCCGGAGGAAGAGACUGUCGCCGCCAUCAUGGACAUCAAGUUCUGCAACAUCGUGGUGGAGAUCCUCAUUGAGUACUAUACCAAGAUCUUCUGUUCCGACCCAGAGCCCGAGGCGGUCCCCAAGCGUGCAGAGGGAGCGGUGUCUCAAUCCACCACCACCUCCACUUCCACCACCACCACCACCACCACGACCACCUCCUCCAACAGGCAGUCGCAGCAGAAGUCAUCCUCGCCAUCGAAUAUCCGGUCUUCCCACAACCACCACUCCUCAUCCUCGUCCUCCUCCACCACUUCCAGCUCCAAACACCUGCCGGUCCUACAGAAAGUCGUCACGUCCUUCACCACCAGCGAGCCCCAGACGGUUCACUUCGGCAUGGCGUCGUCGCAGCAGGGCCACUUGCAGCGCUCCGAAGCCCUCUCCCACCUCAAGACACAGACCACCUCCUCGUCCAGCAGCUACAGCAACAUGUCGGUCCCGCCGCCGCCCUCCGCCACGCAGCACUGGAACAACAACAACACCGCGUCUAGUCUUGCCACAGGGCACAGCCUCCAUGCGUCGCUUGUGUCUCUUGGUUCGUCCGUGGGCAGCUCUGUAGCCUUGGGUAGCCCCUUUGACCCCGUCCCAAACAGCAGGCCGGCACGACCCCCGGCUCCCUCCAAUGGUCAGUCCAGAUCACUGGCAGGGGGAGCCCUCUCCUUUGUCAACCCUCUAUCUGCAGACCGCAACGAUGGCGUCCAGAGCACAAGCAGUUCCAGUGAGUCUCUGUCAUCACGGUCGUCCAGGGAGUUGCCACAGCCCCUCCCCAGCUCCCUCUCCUCCUCCCCGCAGACAAGUAAGAGGCUCCCCCUCUCUGGUGCGCCCCCCAAGCUGGGAGCUAACGGCCCUCAUCGCGACUACCGUGUGCAGCAGACAAACCAUUUUACGUAUAACAGCACUUGGUACGUUUCCCUUCCAGAUAUGAAGCUCGGAGCGGCCUACCCACCCACCUACCGACAGCACAUAGAAACCCUAUACAAGAGGCAGUCGCUGGAGUUCCUGUAUUCGUCAAUGAACUCUAUAUCAGGGUCCCAGUCGACACUCCUCCAGUCCUCCAACUCCUCACCGCCUCCAUCCUCGGCCAACGCUGCCUCAAAUGGAACGGUCAACUUUCCGCCCAGGAAAGUCAGAACGCUCUACGCCUGUGUUGGGGAGAACGACUCUGAGCUGUCCUUCGAACCAAACCAAGUCCUCACAAACGUUCGGCCGUCGCGGGAACCCGGGUGGCUGGAGGGCACGCUGAAUGGACGGACCGGGCUUGUCCCAGAGAACUACGUGGAGAACAUCGAGGACAAGCCGCCGCCGCCACUCCACAUGCCACAGCGGAACACGGACGUCUAGCAGGACCUUCCCAGGGGUGGUGUACGGAGGUGGUGUCUCCGAUGGGCUCCCUGACACCCCAGCCUGACAACGUAAUCCACAGCCACACUAAAUGUCACCUGGACACACCUGCACAUGUUGGGUGUGGCGCAUGUUGCCUUCAAGAUGAUGAGGUUAUCUCCAUGGGCCUUAAACAGCUCCCAGGAAGAUAUCGACACCCUGUUUUCCAUUUGGGUGAGACAUCAAAGAAACUUCCCUGGCAUAUCAGUUCUCAGAUACAGAUAUUUUCUCAGUGGUGUUUGUGUACAUUGGAAAGUCAGUGUCAGUCCCCCGAGGAAGUGAGCCGUGUGAAGCGCUGAAGUGCUCUACACCAAUCAAAAUGAACUCCGGCGGGUCUUGUGGGAGUGCUCGGCCUAGCUGGUGCACCACAGCCUGGAGACAAACACUCGCCCCUCACUGGCGGAAGACAUACUCAGUGGGCUGCUGGUGGCCGCACAGACCCACUUGUCCUGGACUCUGAGAGGCAGGAUGGCUACACUUUUUAUAACAAGAGUACACUUAGCAAUAUCCAAAGGUCUUACAUUAUAGUCUGCACACAAUAACUUGGUGCACAAGCCCUGGCCCUCAGGAUUAGUCAUGUUGGUUCCCUCGGACUCAUGAUGUCCGUACACGCGGAUCAUUGCCGUGAAACUGUUGUUGGUAAUAAUCAUUAGUUUUCUGUGUUGAUAGUGUCCAUCUCCAUCUGUAAUAUUGGUCUAAUCUUAACAGUCAUCAAUGGACACAAGAUGAUGAUAGCAGAACCAAUGCAGAAAGUUUUACAAAGCCGUGAGCAGUAAUUGGCAUAAGGAUCGUUUUCACAUCCUUGAGUCAUAAUUUUAACUAAUUGCUCGCCUCUCAUAUAUGUUAAUAUGAAUUAGCAAGUAGAAAGAUGAUAAAUAUUGAUGUAGUAUAUAAUACUAAUGUGUAACAGUCUUGUAUAAAACAUAUCAAACUAUAUUGAUCAUUAAUAGAGAUUUAGGGCAGAUACGUCACAAUUAAACUGUACCAUGGCCAGGGAACUGAAGGCUGUGUAGCGAGCCAUGACUUAAAAAGAGCAACACUUCCCUGACCAAGAAGCAGCACAAACUUGCAAGCUGGAAUAUUCAAUAAACCUUUGCCAGAUCCCUGCCGUGCAGCGUGGUGGGUGGCUGAUGGCUGGUGCCCACCCUGGAACCAGUGGGGCACCAGUCUGCAGUGUGUGUGAGACUAGCGAUGAACCAUCUCUCAGGAGUGUACUUUGAUGUUCCUGUGUUUGGUUGUCUGGCCAUGAGGAGAGCACUGCUGCAGCUUGGAAUCACUCCACUGCUUUGGCAAGGCUUGUAAGGCUAACCUGAUGGUGAGGUCCACCAGGGAAGUGGUUUGUGUGCUGCCUCCAACAGUUUCACACCACCACCAGUCAUUGGCAUGUAUUCACGGAUAUUGGAGGAGGGGCUUGCUUGCCAAGUUAUCAUGCACAGACUGUGGUCAAGAGUCCAGUGUAGGAGUUACACUACACAUGUAUGGUAUAUUGAUUUAGCAUAUAUGCUUCAUUUAUUUAUUUUCUUCUAUUAUGAAGGAUCUUACUAUAGUAAAUCAAAUCAAGGUUCAAUAAAUUGUAUAUUUUUAAUAUUUUAGUAAAAUUUGCUGGCUUAGGCUGAUGCCCAGUGAGUGAGUCACGAGCACUGUGGCCACCUCCGGCCAUCAGUGCAGGGCAGCUGCCGGUGCCCUGGUGACAGGCGGGGCAGCAGCAGCCUGGACGCCAGGCAGUAGGCGAGGGUGUCCUAGCCAGUGCGUUGUUAGUCUAACAAAGUGACCGUGAUGACCUAGUCUGAAUCAAAUCUGGACAGCGUACAUUUAGCCUCUCCAUGUAAGUAAAUACUGUUGUACAUUUGAUUAUUUGUAUAUAUUGGUGGGUCAGUUUUGCUGUAUGUUUUCUCUAUUAUCAUUUUACUUGAGCACAGUGUAGCAGAGCCUCACCCUGCACUGUGCUUGAAAGGAUAUGAUAAACUACUUUGCAAGCUCCAUUUUUAUUGUAACAUGAAUAUAAGUAUUUAAUUAGCAAGCUUAUGAACAUGAAGUAUCAAAAUAUCUAGAUGCCAAAAGUAUGUAGGUGUCCUGCCACCAUAUGGAAAGCUUGUAAUGAUAUCCAGCUGUUCAGUAAGGAAGUUACAAAAGUGUCAUGUUGUCAGUCAAUCAAAAAAUACAGAAUUAACUAUGUGACAAAUUAUGAAGGCAUUGCAGUCAUAUCUUAUGAGUACUUGGGUUUUUUAUAUAUUUUUUUAAUUAUUCUCACAUUUUAGAUCAGUUUCAAGUGUCUGUGUAACAAAUCAUGAAGGCAUUGCAGUAACAUUUUUUAACUACUAAGGUUUUUCACAUUUUUUUUAUCUUUUCACACAAUUUAAGUCAGUUUGAAGUGUCCGAAUGGUCAGGUCAUCCCCCGAAGAAGCUUGUCCAAACCUAUUCAGUUGAGGCAAAAAGACGAGAGUAGUUAUGGAGUGCUUGGGAGGGGUGGCCUUGCCUUGCCUUGCCUUGCUGUCCCUUCAUCCCAGUGCCUGAGGAAGCAGUAUGUUCUGGGCCCUCUCUGUGUUGCCCUGUGGAUGUAUGCAGCUAGUCAUGUCUGUCCUCAGGGUGUGGGAGGCAAGGGAUGGUGCCAGGCGAGCAGGAAGGGUUUUAGGCGUUGGCUGGGGCAGGUUCAUGAAGGCGUCAGAUUGGACACACAGUUAAGGAGUAGCGAGUUUCUGUGAUGCACCCGGUUCAGAAAGUCAAUAAGCACCACGAAUGGUAAUCUGAAAAAAAUGUAUAGAUGUCACAAAUGUAUAAGAGUUGCCAGCAUAUGAAAAGCUUACAAUGAUAUCGAGCUGUUCAGUGAGGUAGCUACGAAAGUGCUUAGAGUUUUACAAUGUUCGAAGUGCCACAUUUUUUAUCCCAACCAAAUAGUCAAAAUGAUGAAUUAUGUACGAAAAUGUAGCCGAUUGAUUGUCUGGCUGUUGGCUGGAAAUCACUCAACGAAAGAAUGGCACUCAAAGUUUUACAAUGUUCAAAAUGCCACAUCUUUGAACCCAACCAAACCGUCAAAGUGAUGAAUUAUGUACGAAAAUGUAGCUGAUUGGCUGUUGGCUGGAAAUCACUCAACGAAAGAAUGGCACUCAAAGUUUUACAAUGUUCGAAGUGCCACAUUUUUUAACCCAACCAAAUAGUCAAAAGUGAUGAAUUAUGUACGAAAAUGUAGCUGAUUGUCUUGGCUAUUGGCUGGAAAUCACUGAAUGAAAGAAUGGCACUCAAAGUUUUACAAUGUUCGAAAUGCCACAACUUUGAAAUCAACCAAACAGUUAAAGUGUGAUGAAUUAUGCAUGGAAACAUAGCCAAUGGUCUUUGCUGUUGACUGAGACCCCUAGAAAUGAAUAACUGAAGAACUGGCAAUCAAAGUCUUACAGUGUUCAGAAUGCUCUAUCUUUGACACCAACCAACCAAGUAGUGUGAUGAACUAACCAAGUAUUUUGUUGAAUUAUGCUUGGAAACGUAGCUGAUGGUCUUCACUGUUGGUUGAGACCACAAGAAAUGAAUGACUGAAUACCUGGCGAUCAAAGUCUUACAGUGUUGAGGAUGCUAUAUCAUUGACGCCAACCAACCAAGUAGUGUGGUAAUUAUGCAUGAAAACAUAGCUAAUGGUGUUUGCUGAUGAUUGAGAUCGCUAGAUAUGAAUAACUGAAUACCUGGCGAUCAAAGUCUUAGUGUUGAGAAUGCCAUAUCAUUGACGCCAACCAACCAAGUAGUGUGAUAAUUAUGCAUGAAAACAUAGCUAAUGGUGUUUGCUGAUGAUUGAGAUCGCUAGAUAUGAAUAACUGAAAAACUGGCGAUCAAAGUCUUAUACUGUUCACAAUGCCACAUCUUUAACACCAACCAACCAAGUAGUGUGAUGAAUAAUGCAUUGAGACAUACCCGAUGGUCUUUGCAAUGGACCAAGACCACAAGAAACCAUUCAUUUUAUCAUAUAGUAUUUUGAGUGGCGAAAGUUUAAUGUGGCUGCAGUGGUGCUUAUCUACCUUCUGAAUCAAGCGCCUCAUAUGUCUCUUAAAUUAAUGAGUUUAUUGAAGUGUCAACUUGCUGUUAAUUGAUAAGUUGUCAGGAUACUGCUCUGCCAUGUUGUGUUAAUUUGUUCUUAAACUAUUCAGAAUAAAUAUCACUGUCAAUGAUGCUCCACCACCAUCACCACCACCACCACCACCCAUACCUUUGAUGUGUGUGUCUCUGGAAUGGAGUAUGUCUUAUUUUUAGGUAAUCUCUUAAUCUCUUUGGUGGUUACUGUUUUAUUUUUCAGUUUUUAAUUCUAAUGGAGGGCACAGUGUUUUUUUUUUUUUUAUGUUAUCUUCCCAUUCCAUUUUGCAUUUUCAUAUUCCUUUCCUCCGUCAGCCGUAGUCACUGAUCAUUCCUGUAACACAUUUCCAGUUUGGAGGGACUUUCUUACUCUUGGCCAUCUCUGCUUGAACAUUCCACUGACCCCCCCAUCCCCCCACAACCUCCCAUAGAUAGAACUUGCAUAUAUUAAGAGCUGGAUUGAUAUAUCUAAAAUUCCCCCUCUCAUUCAAUAUCCCCCAUCCUCCCACAACCUCCCAUAGAUAGCACUUUCAUAUAUUAAUAGGUUAGGUUAGGAACUGCAUCAAUAUGUUAAAGUUACCCCUCUCAUUCACCUAUCUCCCAUCCUCCCACAACCUCCCAUAGAAAGCACUUGCAUAUAUUAAGAGCUGGACUGAUAUAUUUAAAGUUUCCCCUCUCAUUCACCUAUGCAAUUCCACACCUUGCCUUUUUUAUGCUGUUAUACCCAUCCCUUGCCACUCCCUUGCUGUUCUUUAAUUCUCCUCCCUCCCUCCACCUCCCUCCUGCCCCUUACUUAAUAUUCUUCACUCAGGCGUAUCUUACCAGACACGCAUUUUGUAGGGUGGAAGGAAUCUUUUUAUCAUUCCUGUGUUUUAAAGUCUUUACAUUUUUUUAUUUGUAUAGUAAUGAACAUUCCAAAACAUAACUGCCCCUCUAACCUUCCUUCCUUCCUUCCUUCCCUUUCACUUUGUUCAGUAUUUAGGACACACAAGAGAGAAAGGGAGAGUAAGAGAGAGAAAGUGUGUGUGUAUGUGGGUGUGGCUGUUGGGGUGUUCUUAUCUGAGGUAAUCUGUGGUAUUUGUAUUUCAACAGGAUUCAGGAUUUAGUCAAGCUCGUGUGUGUAUGUGUGUGUGUGUGUGUGUGCACAGUGGUGGUGGUGGUGGUGGUAAGUGGUGGAGUAAGCAAGUGGUCAUGUCAGCAUCAAAGGUUCAUAAAUAAAGUUGUCCACUUCAUGAACUUCGAAAUUGCUCAAAGGAAAACAAGUAUAAUACGGUACUGUACUAUAGAUCCUUGUCAAACGAGAGUAUGAAAUCCAGUAAUUCCUUCACGUCUAUACAUAUAUUCAUGCACAUUCCAUUCCAAUGUUCCUGAGGCCAACCAAUCAAAAGGUGUGGACUGCUAAUAAUACACCCACUUUUGAGUCAUCUUUGUACGGCAUUCAAAUUUUGUACUACCAUCCGGUUUUCCGAAAGAGUGUACGUGCAUGUAAACUUUAUGUUGCCUGUGCGUGGCGGUGCAUUGUGAUAAUGUGUGGACAGGGGAAUCCUAUGUUAGAUUAUUUCCUUGUAUAUUAAAAGUCUUCGAAAUGUUAUUAAAGGCAUCAAACAUG